UAAUUAUUCUAUAUUCUGAAUCAUUCUUCUUUUCAGAGUGCCCCAUUCCUUAUCGUAACGUAGCGGGCCGCUGCCUCUUCUUCAACGAUAUGGGAUUCGGUAACUGGCACUAUAUGAGGGAGGCCUGUCAUUCCAUUUAUGGGGAGAUGAUUAAGAUAGACAGCCCAAAUUUCUUCCUGGACCUAGUUCUGUUUCUCAAUAACCAGAGUUUCGAGGAAGAGAUUUACUGGAUAGGUGCAAACGACGAAGUGACAGAAGGGGUAUGGCUGUGGGCGGACCAUUCCACCGUCCAGAUGGGGACGCCCUUCUGGGGUACCAUAGAUUACUAUGGCAUUACUCAAAAACCUAACGGAGGGGAAAAAUGCGACUGCGCCGCCAUUGAUAAGAAGAGUUUCUACUAUUUCGCCGACUAUGACUGCGCUGCCGAAGACUUCUCCGUAAUUUGCGAGUACGGCUUGCAGGGGGAGAUUUAGAGACGAACGAUGAUCAAUGUAAAAUCAAACAAUAAACAUAUUUUGGAGAGAGAGAGAGAGAGAGAGAGAGGAGAGAGAGAGAGAGAGAGAGAGAGAGAGAGAGAGAGAUGUGUUCGAAAAUCAAACGGGAGCAAGGUGUAACGUAAAACACAAGAUGCAAAAAUAAUCAUAUACCAAGAAUAUUCUUAGAAAACUUAUGACUGAUAUACUUGUGCAUGAAAUUCUAUUAUCAAUUAAUAUUGAUCUCUAUUGAUGAUUCUCAGUUUAUUAUUUUUCGUAUACAACUGGAGAUAUCACUUUAAAUCUUUGAGAUGGUAGAAUGUGAGAAUGGUUCUUCAUGACGGUGUCAUUCUGAGGAUGAAAUAGUUCGUGGAACUGACUCGUGAUUAUAAAUGACAAAUAUAAUUUGAUUUACGGAUUCAACGUCAA